UUUCUUGUUCCCUUAUCCCUCCUCUAAAAAAAACACAUUUGCAGCAAAAACAAAAGGAGGACGAUUUUUUUGGGGGGUUUAGACUUACGGUGUGAAGACUGAAGAGAGCAAGUAAAAAAGAAAAAAAGAACCAAUGGCUUCCACUUCAGCUGCUUCAAUGGCUCUGCCCUUAGCUGGAGCUACCCAAAACAGGAUGCCAAGCUCUGAGGCAUUCUUUAAGCCACUUCCGGUAAAGCCAUGGAGGGCAACGGGCGGUAUUAAAAGACCCAACGGAAAGCUCCAAGUCAAGGCUGGUGCUUCUUCGUUCAAGGAAAAGGCGGUGACGGGGUUGACAGCAACAGCGCUGACGACAUCGAUGAUGAUUCCAGAGGUGGCUCAAGCGGCUGAUGGAGUCACCCCAUCUCUCAAGAACUUCUUGCUCAGCAUAGUAGCUGGGGGUGUGGUUCUGGUCGCCAUUGUUGGAGCUGUGAUUGGCGUGUCCAACUUCGACCCUGUCAAGCGGACCUGAGCUGAGCUCAUAUUGUUCUCUCAGAUGCUGUACAUCUUUUUUCUUAUGUUAUCUGUUUAAUAAUGUUUUUGCAGCUAUAAACUACCGUAGCUGUACAUUGGCUGAGACCCUGUCAACUUGUGAAAUUUCAAUCUUUUUUAUUCAGUAACUCUAAAAUUGCCCAA